UAAGCAUGGUUCCCGCCAUUACUAUUUGCAUCCAUGUGCUCCCGCCGUAGAACGACAGAAAACCCAAGGCCUACUCGAGGAGUUUGGAAUUGGUCUCCAAUUGGAGUUGCUCCAAAAGAAUAUUCUAGAUGAGUUCAAGGCAGACUAGAGCAAGAGUCAAUGCAAGCAAGGAGAACAUGGAGACAGAGGAUAAGGAAGAGGAAGAAGGGGAUGUUGAUGUUUCAGAACCUACAGAAGAAGAUGAAGAUGAAGAUGAUGCCUCAGAACCCUCAGAAGAUGAUGAAGAGGCCGAAGACAGUGAUUUCAUGAAAGAAAUCGUCAUGAAGAAAAGGUACAAACUGAUGCGCAAGGCGCAGGAAACCCGGAAGUUGAACCUCAAGAAGUACCUCAAGCGUAUCUCCAAGAUAUCUAUGGAAAGCCAAAAAGCCCUUGCUCCAAAGCCCAAAGAUCUCAUUCACUCCCUUGAUCUGUUGAACAGAGGACAAUAUCCUAGUGAUAGAAUCCGUGUGGCUGCAGAAGUCUGCAUUCUGUCUGAUUUGAAGGAGUUCUCCAUGUACAAAUUGGCAUCCCCAUUUGAUCGCCGAGUGACUGCAAUAGCUUGGCAUCCUGACCAUAAGGCCACCUUUGCAGCAGCCUCCAAGAAUGGUGAUAUUGUUCUCUGGAAUAUUGAAAAGGGAGAACAUGAUGACUUUAUCCAUGGUAUGGGACCAGGAGGGUCGAUUCAGGCUAUGAAGUUUUCAGAUAGGAACACUAAGCAGAUCUAUACAGCCUCCAUAGAUGGCACAGUAUCUGUGAAGGACUUUGAGGGCCAUGCAAAUUCUACCAUCCAUGAAACACCCAACUUCAUGGUGCACUGGUUCACAGCCCUGGACAAAAGCCAAUUGCACAAUGUCCUUCUUGCCGGUGAUAACCAGGGCUUCCUUUACCAGUUUCCACUCGACUUGUUGACUUCCAAUGAUCAUGGAAAGAUCAAACUUCACAGUUCAAAGAUCACCCAUGUUGAGUUAUCCCCAAGAACACCUUGGGAAUUUGUGACUGCCUCUGUUGAUGCCACUGUCAAAGUUUGGGAUAUUCGAAAGAUGGAUCCCAAAAUCCCUCUUCACACACUUCAGCAUGACAAGCCUGUCAAUUCUGCAUAUUUCAGUCAUCAGAGGGGUGAUCGAUUGCUGACAACAGACCAGCACAGCCAGAUUAGAAUAUACAAAGGCAAUUCAUAUGUUCAAGAGAGAAUCAUCCUUCAUCCUCAUAGACAAUUCCAGCAUCUCACUCCCAUCAAGGCCUCCUGGCACCCACUAGCAGAUCUUGUGAUUGUGGGACGCUACCCAGAUCCAAAUUUUCCUGGCUUCAUCCAAGGAGAGCGGAGGAGUGUUGACGUGUUCCGAGCCGAGACUGGAGAACGGAGCGCUGCUGUGGUGGAUCCUGGUGUCAGUGGCAUCCUCAGCUUGAACUACUUCAAUUCAAAUGGAGAAGCUCUUGUCUCUGGCAUGGGUCAGCAUUUAGUAAUCUGGAAGAACGUUGGAAAGCAUGAAGUGGUCAAGGAGAAGUUGGCAAAGUUCCGCAGUCGUAUGGGUGGUGGAGGGAGUGGAAGAGGAGGGGGAGGGGGAGGAGGAGGAAGGAGGAAGCGAGGCAAGAAAGGUGAUGAGGAGGAUGAGGAUGAUGAUCCUGUCUCAAAGAAGAAAGGAAAAUCUGGAGCCAAGAAGGGGAAGAGGACUCCUGCCAAACGAAGCAUGGAAGGAAACCAAAGGCAUGAGUAUGUGAAGGAGUACUAUGGAAAGGAUAUCCAGUGCCAAAGUGAUAUGAAACUUUCUGUUUGUACUGCUGACAAGGCUUCCAAGGUGCCUCCUCAUGUCAAAAAGUGCCUGGGAAACGUUCAUGAUGACAUUUUGGCCACGUACUACGGAUGUGGGACACCAUUCCCAGAGGGCCUGGAAGGGAGCAAGAUCUUGGACCUGGGAUGUGGAAGCGGGAGGGACUCGUUCGUCUUGAGUCAGCUGGUUGGGGAACAGGGGAUGAUCGUAGGGGUCGACAUGACACCAGAGCAGAGUGGAGGAGAGCUGUUCUUCAGCGACAUGUAUGCUAGUCUCCGUGUCCCUGAAGAACUGAAGCGAGACAAGGUCCUGUGGGGUGAAGGAUUGGGAGGAGCAUUGUGGUGGGAAGACUUGCACACAAUCUGCCAGGAAUUGGGCUUCUGGCCUCCCCUUAUCAAGGAGGUCCUGCCCAUCCACGUGUCCGAAGAGGCUCUGCAGCGUCUCAAUCCUCUGCAUUGUCGUCGAACAGUGAAGGACCUGCCCGAGGGCCUGCGGUAUGUGUCGGUCACGUACCGCAUGUUCAAGCCGGAGGGCAAGAGGGCCUCGACCACCAUGGCUGCCGUGUAUGACGGGAAUCUUCCUCAUUCUCCAGAUGCCCUUCACUUUGCCCAUGACCUCUUCUUCAAGACUGGAGUUGCAAAAAAUCUCAGCUCGGACCUGGUAUCCAUCCUCGGGUCCUCUCGUUUCGGCAGAUACUUCACGUUCGGACCCGUCGUGGAGGGCGAACCCGUUCAAGAGAUCGUCAAGAUCGAUCCGUUCGGUUUGCAAAAAUGAAGUUCUGCUCGAGACAGCAGCAGCAGCUCGGUUUCUUGCAUUCUUUCACUUUCUCCUCUACGUUUCCAAUCCGGAACCGGUUUGAGAUGUCGCGAUGAGGUCUCCCCAGCCCUCUCCUACCUCGCGUGGUUAUACACGAUGAGCGCACGCCUUAAUCCUUUGGACUGCCUGUGGAAGCCCCAAAGGCUGCCGCCGACCUUCUCGUGGGCUGUGCUGGG